AUGGGUCAGCAAAAACGAACUAUGAAGGCCGUCGUCUUUGACGGUCCUUUCAAGGUUUCUCUGCAGGACCGUCCAGUUCCCCAGCUCGAGCAUGAUCAGGACGUCAUCAUCAAAGUCGGUGCCACCGCGCUAUGCGGCUCGGAGCUGCACGUCUACCGUGGACAUCAGAAGUCGGGCACUGGCUUCAUCAUGGGGCACGAGUUCACCGGUACAGUCGUCGAAGUUGGCCCAACUGUCAAGUCUGUGCAAGUUGGUGAUCAAGUUGUCGUGCCUUUCACCGUCUCUUGCGGAAAGUGCUACUACUGCCAGAACCAUGCAACAUCUCGCUGCAAAGAAAGUCAGCUUUUCGGCUCAGCUAGUCUGGAUGGGGGGCAGGCUGAGUUUGUCCGAGUCCCUCACGCGGACGGGACAGUCGUAAAAGCUCCUUCUACUGUUCCCGAACAGGCCCUAGUUCUGAUGGCUGAUAUUUUUCCUACCGGUUAUUUCGGAGUAAGAAGCGCCAUCGAUAUGCUUCCUACUCCGGACUUCCACGAGUUGACGGUUCUAGUAAUCGGAUGCGGACCUGUUGGGCUAUGUGCCAUUGCCGCCGCAGCUCAUUACCGACCACGCCACCUGUUUGCGAUAGACAGCGUGAGCAGUCGGCUUGAGCAGGCCCAGAGACUGGGCGCAAAGCCCUUGAACUUUUUAACAGACAAGGAAGGCAUGCAUGCUCGAGUCAAGGAGGCCACCGAGGGUCGUGGGGCUGACGUAGCCAUCGAGGUUGUUGGCCUGUCCCCCGCCUUGCGGACUGCUUUUGAUCUCAUCCGCCCUUUCGGCAUCAUAAGCAGCAUAGGUGUGCAUAAUGCCGAGAUACCAUGGACGGGCAAUGAAGCGUACAAUAAGAACGUUCGUCUCCAGAUGGGGCGCUGUCCCGUACGCAGCAUUUUCCCGGAGGCGCUCACGCUUCUCGAGAAGAAGCACCAUCUUCUAGCAUUCAUGCUUGGGAAUGUCCUGCCACUUUCUGAGGCUGUGAUUGGUUACGACGACUUCGAGCAGGCCAAGGUGCACAAGAUUAUUUUCAAGCCCUAG